AUGAGUGAAGUUAAUCUCAUUAUUCAUAGGCUAAAUGUGCUAGUAAGCAAAUCCCCAAAAGAGAGGGAUCAUGAGCUUAUGAAGCAAUGCAGCAGAUUACAAUUUAGAGGACUUACGUCGAAUAAACAAACAAGUUUUUUAUUCAGCGAAUUUACACAACAACUAGAUAAAUCCUCCAUAUUAAAGGAGUUAUGGAUUCUCGAAUUUAUGAUUAAACUGGGCACUGAAUUGUAUACACGAAAUGAAAUCAAGGAUUCUUUCUGGGUUAAAAUAUUAAAUGUUAAUUUUCCAAGGAACAUGCCGACUAGUGAUACUUUGGUCAGGGUGUUACUUGACAGUGGUCUUUCAAGAAAUAUACCAUGUGCUUGGCAAAACGUAGCUUUACUUACAAAGAUAUUCUGCGAGGUUUCAGAUUAUCGGUGUAUUAUAACUUCCUUAUUGAAAAACAUUUAUGCUAAGACAAUUGGACAGUUACUUGAUUCCAUCAAUGACUUCCAGCUGUGUAAUUAUCUGGUGGAGCUUUUAAGUAAUGUUUUCCCAAGAAAAUCUGCAACUAAACCAGGUGUUGUAUCACCACCAAAAUUGUGGGAAGACGAAGCAAAGAAUUUGUCAAUUUUCGAUGAUGAGGAAUAUCCCUAUAGAGGGAAGCAUGGUGAUCCGGAGGUGAUCAGUUUUAUUUGGAAAAGGUUUGGGCCUUUUUUCACAAAUUUGGUACGCGCUACCUCUGCAAGAUAUAUUGUAGGCAAUAAUAGAAUGCGACAGUUAUCAAAAGCUGAACGCUUCUAUAUACAGGUAAUCAAUCAUAAAGUGUAUUUAUGGGAUUGUAAUGGUUUAUUUUUACAGCUCGAAGCCGUUGGCAUAGAAGCCUGCAAAGACGCGAAUGAUCAUGUAAGACUCAAUCUACUAAAACCUUUUACAGAAGUAGUAUCUUCACCACAUCUAGCACUAAUUUCUAGUAUGGGAAAUGCAAAAGGGUUUCAACUAGAAUUCGAUUCAAUCGAAUGCGGCGAGAUGUUCAUUGACUCCACAAAAAUUCCUAAAAUUAGUGAGGUGCAAUCUUUCAUUGCCUUAAACUUUAUUUCUUCCUUCGAUGACGAAAUGUUAGACUCAUCCAUGCCUGUACCAGAGAUGCAAGUUGAUAUUGUACCUGACAAUCUGUUACGAGAACUCUCAAAUGGGUUAGAAUACAAUGCGGUAAGUGAUGCUGCUUCAGAUAAUGAGAAGAAUCCUCCUGUCGUAUUACAUAAUAUGAAGGAAAAGGACGGCGGCAAGUAUCGAAAGAAUUACAGGAGUGACAAUAUUAGUACCUCGAAAGCUAACAGCAAUAGUCUAGUAACUCCAGAGCAGACAGUGCACAAGCCCCCAAUAGAAGAUGAAUGGGAUCUAAAUUUAAGCAACAGCACUGGAAAUCGGCUAGAAAUUCGUUCGGUCAAUACUCCAGAUUAUAAGGAUUUUCAGGAUAUUGAAGACGAAAUGGAUAUUGAAGACGAGCAGUCGCCUUUAGUUAUGGCCCAAAAGAGAAGGCUUGCUCGUGCAAACUCUAAAACGCACGAAACAUCUACAAGAGACUCUAGUAUAAGCAAUACAAUAAGUCCAUCGCAUUCAAUAAGAGCUAAGAUCGAUGAACAUCUAGAUACCAAUCCCUCAUCAUCGAAGCUUAAGAUUAUGGAUAAGAAAUUAUGUUCUGUAUCACGUCCAGGAAAGGGCACUGAAGAGCAUCUUCAGAAUACUAAAUUAAGUAAUAAGCCUGAAUGCAGUAAAGGCAAGAACUCUAAAGUUAACUCAAAGUAUAAUCCAAAUGUGGAUGUAGGUCUUAAUGCUCUAGAAGAUAUAUUUGCUAUACCUGCCACUAAACCUAAACGACAGCAGAAGCAAAAUAAUCACACAAAUGGUUUACAAGUAUCUUCAAAAAAUGCUACAGCAGGAGGCCAUGUUAGAAUUACUAGGUCGAAAGAAAAGCAAGCUGCAUUAAAUAUGAAACGAAGGCGUGUGGAUCACGAGGACACCAAGUCAUUGUUUCCAGAAGGCCGAAUUCCUGACGCUGACACUGUUGCCGCCAGCAAUAACGAAACUACGCCCGCCAAUGCAUCAACUAUCACGACGACUCCCAAAACACCAGAAAAGGUAACAAAAACAAGAAUACUGAGGAAGAAUCCACAUCAUAAGAAGCCUAAACUAGAUAUUGAAUUGCCUUCUCCCCGGUCAGCCAAGCAUAGAUCACAGUAUGAUAAGGCUCAAAAUAGAACUGAAAAGAGCAAUGGAUCUGUCCAUAAACAGACUGAAAAGGGCUUUGAUAUUAGAGCUACUGCGAAUAUCUCAAUGAGGAAUGACAUAUCAGAAUCUACUACACUUUUUAAUACCAGUGCUAUUCAGGACCCUUUAACACUAUCGUACACGAACAAGUUACAAGAACAGAUUUUUAAUUCCAUCAACUCAUUCUCUAAUGAUCUAGCCCGCAAGAUAUCAAUCAUAAACGAGGAGAUGAAUAAUAAAAUUAUUCAUGAACUAUCAGAGAAGUACCAAAGAGUGUUCAAAGAUCUCCAGAUAAGCUUCCAACAAGACAUCAAUGGUAUGUCCCGCUUCAUAAGUGAAUUCAAAGACUUGCUCCACUUACCAGAAGAGGAACUUGUAAACAUUAUUAGAAAUAAACAGUUCAGUUAG